AUGACUCACCUGUUUCUCACAGGUGAGUUUGCAUCAGAUAUCUGGCAGAUAUUUUCAUCAGCAGCUGGAGUACAAGGACCAGUUGUGCGGAUUAAUCAAACAGUUUCUAAAUGGUGGACAGAAAAAUGUGGAACUCAGUUGAAACCUAUCUAUCAGGCUGCUCCUGCAAUCAUACUAUGGCAGAUAUGGAAAAGAAAGAACACUAUUAUUCAUGGAGGAGUUAUGUCAAGAAAUAAAGUGAUAUUUGAUAUCCACAGGAAUUUAUGGCAGCUGGCAAAGUCCAAGUUCUCAUGGUUAGAUAUCCCUCACAGUUGGCCUCUUUUGGUUCAGUUUUUGGAAAAGUAUAAACCACAAGUAACAAGCAAAGCAGUAGCAUGGAAUUUUCCUCCUAAUGGUUGGUAUAAGUGUAAUACAGAUGGGGCAUACAAGAGCAGCACAGGUCAAACUUCAUCAGCAUUUUGUAUCAGGAAUAGUGAAGGAAACUUAAUGCAUGCUUGGGCAAGCAUUAUUCCAGAUGCAUCCUGUAUUGUUGAUGAGGCAAGAGUAAUUCUUGAGGGGGUAGAAUAUUGUGUUGCAAAUCAAUUGUUUCCACUAAUAGUGGAAACAGACUCACUCUUGAUGACAAAGGUUUUGAGUGAUGAAUGGGAGAAACCUUGGAGGAUUUGUACUUUCCACACAACAAAUUAUCAGGAACUUCCAUUAGUGGCUAAAGAAAUUCUAAAUGCUGAUAAACAUAAUAUGCCUAGCUUCAGAUUCAAGAAACAGCAUGUUAGAGAACCAGACUGA